UCGGUCGACGCGUGAUGCGCGUGCUCAUCACGCGGCGCCUGUGCAUGGUCGAGGACGAACGAACGAAGCGACGUCGGCGGCGGCGGCGGUGGCGGUUGCGCCAUAAUAAUGGGCAUGGGCAACGGUGAGCGGACGCGCCGCCGCCUAGCUAUAUGAGUACUUGGCUACUUGCGUCGAUGCUAAACCCGACCACGAACUAGCUUGAUCGUCGCCGUGCUGCAUGCCCAUGGACUGAUGGACCGACGGCGGAUGUUGAUCGCGACGGUAGCUCGGUUACAGCUUAACAGAUCGUCUGGACUCUGGAGCCUGCUACAUUUCUAUGGUGGAUCAUUGGAUUCUACAGGGUCAUUGUUGAAGGUUAAGGUUUCCUUAAAAGAUGACCCACAUAUCUACUGGAACAUAGCAUCUGACGAAGGCAUUCUCCUGCUCCCAAAGCACAAAAAUAUCAUGAGCAUCUGCACUCAAAUCGAUCUCUGCGUCGGUGCCUGCACAGAGCGCGAAACCGACCGGUUUCAUGACUUUCAUCCGAAAUGCAUUGCUGUCUGAAUAUUGAACACCCGGAACCUUCAGAGUUCAGACUUCAGCAUCCAUUAUUCAUUGAUUCUUUCCCAAAAACAACAAGCGUUUUACAUGCUUCAGUUCAGGUUUGAAUAACGAGGACGAACUGAAGCAGAGCUGUGGCCUGUGUGAGCUUUCCCUGCAGACACCAUUUCACUAAACCUGAAAUCUACAGAGAGCAGUUGUGAAAUGUGUGAUCGGACAGAGAGAGACGAGAUCUUCAUGUAGAAGUUCUUGCUGCAACGCAACUCACCGCGUUGUGGCUUGUAAACGCGUUUGUUUGGACUCUGCUAUGCUGGAGAUGAAGCGUUUGCUUGGAGUCUGC